AUGCGACUAAAACUAGGGAAUCGCGGCGCAUGCACCUCUGCUGGCAGAGUCACGGCUCAGCUGCUCUUAUCGUUCCUCGCGGUAUCGCCAACCUUGACAUCCGCAGGGGAAGCUCCCCAACAAGAACAGGCAGUCCUGCCUCCUGGACCGUUGCUGCCGCCAACCACACAACAACCCCUUUCAGACGAGCACCUAUUCACACUACGACACGUCUUCCAUCACGGCACAUAUCGUCAUCCUGACUUACACCGACGGAGGGAUGUCCGAAGCCACGCAAACGACGCCGAAAGCCAGGUGUGGCUGACCGCAGAGGAUGGCUUCGAGAGGGAGAGGGUCCUGCCUCUGAAGGCUCGGAGCUCGCCACUCAAGAUAGAACGCUUGGUCGAUCGCCGCCCGUCUGUCGUAGACCCCAUGGUCACCGAAGCCCGACAGCGCGGCUAUGUCAACAUCAUGUCGCCGUCGUCCUGGACCACCGACGAAGUCCCCGGACCCAACAUCACCGACAAGGCGACCGUGCUGAGCAUGGCGAUGAUGGCAGCGAACGCAUACGUCGAGGAAGAGGGACAAGCGGACUGGGAAGAAGUUGGUGGUCCGUACAACAGGAGUGCGGACUUUGGUUGGGAGACCGACGGUUUGCGCGGUCACAUCUGGGCCGAUGCGACGAACUCGACUGUUGUCAUCGGACUGAAGGGCACGUCCCCGGCGGUGUUCGACGGCGAUGGCACCACCACCAACGACAAAGUCAAUGACAACCUGUUCUUCAGCUGCUGCUGUGCUCAGCAAGGACAGUGGACCUGGCAUCAAGUUUGCGACUGCGCCACGUCUACUUAUUCAUGCAACAACACCUGCGUCGUUCAAGCACUCAAGGAUGAGCACCGGUACUAUACGGCCGCUAAGGAACUAUACUCCAACGUCACCGAGAUCUUCCCCGAUGCAAACAUUUGGCUGUCCGGCCACUCCCUGGGUGGCGCGGUUAGCUCUUUACUGGGGUUAACCUACGGUGUGCCUGUCGUUACCUUCGAAGCCGUACCAGAGGCGCUCGCUGCCGGCAGACUGGGCUUGCCAGUACCUCCGGGAGCCGAGCAGAUGGUCCAUCAAGCUCGUCAGAAUACCGGCGCCUUCCACUUUGGCCACACAGCAGACCCCAUUUACAUCGGCACCUGCAACGGCGCAACUGCGACAUGUUCAUUCGCCGGAUACGCCAUGGAGUCUGCCUGUCAUACCGGAGUUGAGUGUGUCUACGACGUAGUGGCCGACAAGGGAUGGCGCGUUGGUAUUGGAACGCACAAGAUUCGAUCGGUCAUCCACGACGUGAUCGAGAAGUAUGAUGAUGUCCCGGUAUGCCACGCGACACCCGAAUGCCGUGACUGCGUCAACUGGAAGAUGUAUGAGAGUAACGGCACCGAGACCACGACCACAUCCAGGUCCUCGACGUCGACAAGAUCGACGACUCGCACCCGCACCGCCACAUGCCAGACUCCUGGCUGGUGGGGAUGUUUGGACGAGACGACGACUACGGGCGGUCCCACGACCACCACCUCUACGUCGACAACGUCAACUUGCAAGACACCCGGAUGGUUUGGAUGCAAGGACAAGACGACGACUACGUCCACUACGACAACUACUACGUCAACGACGACGACAAGUGAGUCUGCCACGACCACUUGCAUGACACCAGGACGUUUCUGGGGAUGCAAGGACGCGGUCUCGACGACAGCCUCUCUACCUGUAACAACCACUUCGCAUCUCAUCACCUCCGCCCCUCCCGCGCCGACCGCAACCCCGACCACGGCACCUACCAAGGCACCUUCAGAGCCCGAGUGUCGCAGAAGAUACUGGUUCGGAUGGUGCAAGGAGUGGGACCAGGUUUCUGAGAGUAUUAGUGAGGAGAUGUGA